CGGCCACUUCCGGACUCCAGCGUCGCAUUUCGUAAAAGGAGAAAGUCCUCCAGAGGAGGAUCCUAAAGGGAUAAUGGCUACCUACAGCCUGGCGAACGAGCGAUUACGCGCCCUGGAAGACAUCGAGCGGGAAAUAGGCGCCAUACUUCAAAAUGCAGGUAACGUGAUCCUCGAACUGUCCAAGGAAAAAACGAAUGAAAGACUUCUGGACCGGCAGGCGGCAGCCUUCACAGCUUCAGUGCAACACGUGGAGGCGGAGUUGUCUGCUCAGAUCCGCUACCUCACCCAGGUGGCCACCGGGCAGCCCCACGAGGGCUCUAGUUAUUCUUCCAGGAAGGAUUGUCAGAUGGCCCUGAAGCGAGUGGACUACGCCCGCCUCAAGCUCAGUGAUGUGGCCCGCACCUGUGAGCAGAUGCUAGAAAACUAGACAAAGCAGGUGAAGCAAAGCUUGGAGGGAGACCACCACCGACAUCCAGGGCAGAACCUGGAAAACUGGCAGGGAUGGGGAGUAGACGGACGCAUACGUGCCCGCUGGUUAGGAUGUACUAGGACAAAGGGGCAAACGGGGAGCAAACCUGGCCACCACCACUGCACUCGGGCUCCUCCAGCGAAGAGCCCCAGCACUGCAUUCCACAGAACUGCCACCAGCAAGCUCAGACAGCAGAUGGAGAUCCAGACUCCCGGCCCACUUCCUCAGACUCUUCGUGCCCUUGUCCUAGGCUUCCCACACACUUGGCCCAGAGCAGUCAUGCUCUUCUGGGUUGGGAAAAACAAGAACUGAGGUUUUAAUAAUAAAAGCGAUAAAAAAACUAAAAGGUCGAGUCUUGUUGAGACGUGCAAGUGAUUAUGGAAGUGAAACAUGCCUCGAUGAUGUCAGCAGCCGAGAGCUGAGGGAAGGGAAAGCGAGUGGGGAAAUCUAGGCUUUUGCCAUAGUGCUCAAGAGGGGACAGGACUCAGGUUUGGGAGAUGGGGGGUG